AAUAAUAUCUUCUUCGUAUCCGCUUCGCUGUUCCAGCUUGGCCUCUGUCGACCUCGAUUCAACGCCAGCAAAUCGGACGAUCGAUCUCCUCCCUCGAUUCCCUCCGCGGCUCCUCCAUCUUCUCCGCUGCCACCGACGCGCGCGCGCUCAAGUGCGGUGGUGCUGACGCCUUUGCUGCUCCUGCUCAGGAUAUGCCCAUGGCGGCGUCGGUGGCGUCGCCGCGGCGGACGAUCCGGGAGGUGGUGAUCCAGUCCAUGCUCGCUUACCAGGCCCAGCAGCGGCGGCGGCGGCGGAAGCGGAAGAGCCUCACGUGGGGCGGUGCCGACAGUGGCGAUGGCCGCGGCGAUGACGGAGACGUCGGUUUCUGGGAGGAGGAGGAAGGCACCAUGGAGAUGGCCCAGAUCGGGGCCGAUCGGACUAAGAACGUGCUCAUCCUGAUGAGCGACACUGGAGGCGGGCACCGGGCUUCUGCCGAGGCCAUCCACGACGCGUUUAGGAUCGAAUUCGGAGAUGAGUACAAGGUCUUCGUGAAGGAUUUGUUUAUGGAGCACGCCGGAUGGCCUCUAAAUGACAUGGAAAGGUCCUAUAAGUUCUUGGUGAAGCACGCGCAGCUUUGGAAGGUGGCCUUCCACAGUACGUCUCCUCGUUGGGUUCAUAAUCUCUAUCUCGCCGCCAUUGGAUCCUUCUAUGCUAAGAAGGUGGAAGCUGGUUUGAAGAAGUAUAAACCUGAUAUAAUUAUUAGUGUCCAUCCCCUCAUGCAGCACAUCCCUUUGUGGGUGCUGAAAUGGCAGAACCUUCAGAAAAAAGUUGUUUUCGUUACCGUCAUUACGGAUCUCAACACCUGCCACCCCACCUGGUUCCAUGUCGGUGUCAAUAGAUGUUAUUGCCCUUCCGAGGAAGUAGCAAAGAGAGCUUCUCUGGAUGGCCUAGAACCUUCACAAAUCCAGGUUUUUGGUUUGCCCAUUCGACCUUCUUUCUGUCGUGCAGUUCUUGUCAAGAGUGAUUUGAGAAAAGAAUUUGAGAUGGAUCCUGAGCUUCCUGCGGUCCUACUCAUGGGAGGAGGUGAGGGAAUGGGACCGGUUAAGAAGACAGCAAAGGCCCUUGGUGAAUCACUAUUUGACAAUGAGCUUGGCAAACCAAUCGGGCAACUUGUUGUCAUCUGUGGCCGAAACCAAACUUUGAGGACUACUUUACAAGAUAUUCAAUGGAAGAUACCUGUGAAGGUAAAUGGAUUUGUAACCCAAAUGGAGAAAUGGAUGGGAGCUUGUGAUUGCCUUAUAACAAAGGCUGGACCUGGUACAAUUACAGAGGCUUUGAUAAGGGGUCUUCCUAUUAUCCUAAAUGAUUUCAUUCCCGGACAGGAGGUUGGCAAUGUCCCUUAUGUCGUUGAGAAUGGAGCCGGGGUAUUCUCUAAAAGCUCAAAGCAAACAGCUACUCUCGUUGCUAGCUGGUUCAGCUCUGACUCUGAGGAGCUCAAGAAAAUGUCAGAAAAUGCCCUCAAACUGGCUCAACCUGAUGCAGUUUUUGACAUUGUAAGGGACAUCCACGAGCUCGCCCAACAGCAAGGGCCAUUAUCCCAAAUCUCAGAAUCCCUGACAUCGUCCUUCCGCCAACCGGUGUGAUAUGGAUACAUGCUCGAUCGACUUGUGUUCUCCUAAUUGCUGCUGCUGCUUGUACAGCUAUUGUCAAUAUUUUGGUUUUCAAAGCAGGUUUACUUGCCCUGUGCUAAAUCUGCUUUUUAAGUUUCUAGAUUGUUUAUCCUUUAGCUGUUUAGGACAGAUUCUCUUCUUUUAUUUGAAUUGCAUGCUGUUUAUUUCUUAAAUGUAUCGACAAAUAUGUUCAUGUAUAUGUAUCAUUAUUCAUUGGGUUUCAGAUUGUUCA